AUGUCUGCGACGACUACCAUGGAGACGGCAGAGCCUGGAGGGCUAAAAAUGGAAGAUUCGGAGGAUCUGAAGUCUACGACUACUUCAACACUCCAGCAUUUGCAUUCCGGAAGGAGGCAUUCGAGCUUAUAUUCCACUAUGGACCUGCAAUUCGCGGUUCUCCGAAGUCUUCCAAUUCCGGUACUUGUCUUGUCGCCUGAACGAACCGCCGUCUUUGCAAAUCGAGCUGCAGAGCGAAUACUGGGCUCCCGCGAAAUUAUACAGUCGCCGGGGAAAGAGAUACUAGGUUCUGGACCGGCAGAGAUAGGUAUCAGGUUGCUUUACAACAGAAUAUGGAAUGCGGUACUGGACAGGCUUGUGUCGGCGCAGGAACAGGCCGUCUCUGAGGGGAACGACGGCCCAGUGCAUGGUGUUGAUGCCGUGGUCACAGAUCCAACUACAACCUGCGGGGAGAAACAGUUCCGGAUUCUGGUUUCGACUUUGAUAUUCGAGAGUGGAACCCACUUCAUCUUAUCAUUCGAACGCUCUGUAUACACCGAGAGAGGGCUGAACCAGGAUAGUAACCAGGGGACCUCUUCGUCUGAUCGGAUCCCGAGGAUACCAGCUGGAGUAAGCAAAGAUUCUCCUGAACCGGCGAGAAACACCCUGCAAAUCAAGAAGGCAGUAUUCGACAGCCAUAAUGUUGCCGGCUUCAUCUUGACGGUGGACGAGGAAUUCUACCUUACGAACACCAAGGGCCGCGAGGUAAUGGGUUCCGUAAUGGGCGGGCCCGAGGGUUGCGAUGCGACUUUAAGAACACGUUUGGAAAUUUGGGACGAGAAUUUCACAAGACGAUUGGACCACACCGAGUUUCCAGGUCUAAAAUUGGUGCGGGCGAAAGCGCCAUUUUCAAAUUAUAGAUGCGGUUUCAUACAUGACGUUACGGGGGAACGGAUUGUUACAAGUGUUGAUGGAGAAUGCCUUUACGAUGAAGACACGGGAGAAUUCUUGGGCGGGCUCUGUUGGUGCAGAGAGCUUCAAGAGUAUUCGGACUUUCUACUCGAUCAGCAACAACGACGCUUGGGUAGUCAUGAGACGAUCUGCAAUAUCAUGCCCCACCUGGUCUGGACGACGAAAACCGAUGGGCAAGCCGACUACUUCUCAAACAGGUGGUAUGAGUUCACCGGCCUCACCGAAGAAGAAUCGAUCGGCAAAGGAUUCCACCAGGCCAUUCAUCCAGAUGAUUUGCCCAACCUGAUGGAAUCUUGGGGUUUCCAUCGGGCCUGUGGUGGCGAAUGCGAUAAAGAAGUGCGCUAUCGACGCCACGAUGGGGCUUACAGGUGGAUGCUCACUCGUGCCUGUCCACUCCGGGGUGCAGACGGCAAGAUUCUGAAAUGGUAUGGUACGAGUACCGAUAUUCAUGACCUCGUCAUGGCAAGGAUCGAAGCGGCCAGGAACAAGCUCCAGAUGCUAACGGUACUUGCUCAUGCCGAAGUCAACCUCUUCUCAAUAGAUAAUAACAAGAUCGUAACUAUGGCGGAAGGCGGUAUGCUUUGGGGCUCUGAGACCGACAUGUAUGACCCUAGCAACAAAUCUUCUAUGCUCGGUCUGGACGCCAUUGAUGUUGCCCAGAAAUCACAAGAAGGAGGCAUUCCAGGUUACGAGAAGAACCUGCUUGAUAUUUUGGCCGGGAAAGUCGGCGUUGCUCAGUCAGAAGACAGGAUUGGCUCAAAGGUUUUCCGCACUCGUAUGGUGGCAGAUCUCGAACAUAACGCUGUCGAUGGCGCUUUGAAACCAGAAAUUAAAGGUGUCCUGGGACUCAGCAUAGAUGUGACCGAUAUGAAACAGCGAGUCGCUUUGGAGCUGGAAAAUAACAGGUUGAUGAUUGAAGAACAGGCUGCCAAGGACUCGAAUGAGAUGAAGAGUCGGUUUCUGGCAAAUAUGUCCCACGAGAUGAGAACUCCUACAGCAGGUGUAAUCGGAAUGGUCGAGCUACUGGGCGACGACCCUACUUUGACACCAGAACAGCGAGAAUACGUCAACAGCAUUCAUCUUUCCGCCAAAGCGCUGCUGACCAUCGUCAACGACAUUCUCGAUUUUUCAAAGAUUGAAAGUGGACGACUCGAUAUCGAGAGGGUGCCCUUUUAUCCAUCCUCGGUUGUCGGCGAGUUAUGCAAGCUCCUGGGCAUGUUUGCCUCUCAGAAGGGGAUUGGAUUUGUUUAUGAAAAUUCCAUGGACGAGAAGCUAGAGGUUCUGGGGGAUCCUGGACGAAUCAGACAAGUUCUGUCCAAUCUCUUGACGAACGCGCUGAAGUUCACUAAACAGGGGGCAGUCAAGCUCACGGUGACGUCUACCCUGGUUUACCUCGAGUCUGGCGAGGAUACGGUGAAAGUGCAAUUUAUUAUUGAAGAUACGGGUAUCGGAAUUGAGAAGAAAGUUCUUGACAAGUUGUUCAUACCAUUCAACCAAGGCGAUUCAUCUACCGCUCGAUUGUAUGGUGGUACUGGCCUUGGGUUGACGAUAUCGAGAAACCUUGCAAACUUGAUGAAAGGAUCAAUCGAGCUCGAAUCUACUCCCGGUGUAGGAAGUAAAGCCAAAUUCACUAUUCCUCUCCAAGUGUCCUGUUGGCACGGCGACCCACAGUUAGACACUUCUUCGCCGCCGUCCAACCCGAAACCCCGGUCCGUACCCUCUAUGAGGUCUCCCUCCUGGGCAGAUCCAUUAAGUCACCGAUCUAUCAAUCAGGAUCUCCUCAACCAGCAAAUUUCUAGCAGUGUAACUUCAAGUUACCAACCGCCAACUAUGAGCUCCAGUUCGCGACACGCAUCUGCCGACAACACACGGAACAUAAAACUUGCAAAUCUCAACCCCGAGCAAAGAAGCCGGUUUCAUGUUCUUGUGGUAGAAGACAACGCAAUUAACCAAACAAUCGCCAUCAAGAAUAUUCGUCAACUCGGCUUCACAGUAACAGCCGUAUGGAACGGCCGCGAAGCACUCUCCUAUCUUCUCUCGCCAUCCCGCUUACGACCGCGCCCGGCCAUCAUCCUAAUGGACGUCCAAAUGCCCGUCAUGGACGGCUACGAAGCAACGCGCAUCCUCCGCACCGCAGCUGAAUACGCAAGAGACUGGGACGAAGAAGUAGGCGACAGUACGCCGGAACCCGACCCGGCGGCAAGGAGCGCCAAUGUUAUAGACAUCGGUAUUCCAGAAAUUCCCUCAGAGUCCGAGGCUAGAGACGUGGGGAGUAAGGAAAGACGGGAGAGGAUUUGCGAUGAGACGAGGCUUGCUGGGAAGACGCUGAAAAGGCGAGGAAGAGGGUACCUGAGGGAUAUCCCGGUCAUUGCCAUGACAGCAUCUGCAAUCCAGGGAGAUAGAGAGAAGUGCUAUGAUGCGGGCAUGGACGAUUAUCUCGCUAAACCUGUUGAGAAGGCGCGGCUGGAGUACAUGCUCGUCAAGUGGGCGAGCAAGAAACGGGACUCGGGCUGUGAGAUAUAG